UUGUGAAGGAGCUCCAUCCUUGCGCUGCUUCUGCCGCUGGCUUGAUGCGAGCCUCUCUCUCCUCCUCCUCCUCCUCCUGCUCCUCUCUCUCUCUCUCUCUCUCCUCUCUCUUGUCAUCCUGCACGCUGCAAUGUCUCGUUAAACCUGGACGCUGUCGCCGGGAAGGAUGAGCUGCCGGAGAACAGCCCAACACUGAAGACGGAGGGACACUAGUCCUAUGAGGGCAGACUUGGCGUGGAACACAAGUCCCAAAGAUCCCAGCGUUUACAAGUGUGCCAGAGUGACUGGGACUCAGAGAUGUGAGACCUGCCGCUGGAUUCUGGCAUGUGGAGAAGGUAAAGAAAGGGUGGGAUCGUGAUGGUGCUCGGCGCGGAUAAGAAGUUGUGCCACGACGGAGGGCAACAUGGGUAGAAGAGCCAUGCGGCAACCAGCUGGACGUCAGCACCACCUGCUCCUGGCUGGGGCUCUGCUGCUCUUUACCAUCAACACGGCGCUGAGUUGCCCCGCCAGGUGUGAGUGCUCCCCCCAGAGCAAGUCCGUGAGUUGCCACCGGAAGCGCCUGGGCACUAUCCCCGAAGGCAUCCCCAUCGAGACCCGGGUGCUGGAUUUAAGCAAGAACAAGCUGCGCGUGGUCACGCCCGACAACUUCUCUUCGUUCCAGCAGCUGGAAGACCUGGAUCUGAGCGACAACCUCAUCAGUGUGGUGGAGCCGGGCUCCUUCCGCUCGCAGCUCGCCCUCCGCUCCUUAAACUUCCGCAGCAACCUGCUGCAGUUGGUCCCCGCAGGCGUCCUUACCGGCCUGGGAAACCUGACCCGACUUGACCUGGGUCACAACCGCCUCGUGGUGCUUCUGGAUCACGCCUUCCAGGACCUACGCCGGCUGACUUCAUUAGAAGUAGGCGACAAUGAGCUGGUGUUUGUUUCCCAGCGGGCCUUCACCGGAUUACUGGGCCUGCAGAGCUUGACCUUGGAACGGUCCAAUCUGACCGUGGUUCCAACAGAUGCUCUGGCUCACCUGCACAGUUUGGUGGAACUUCGGAUGCGCCACUUGAGCAUCAGUUUUCUUAAACCCUUUUCUUUCAAAAGGCUUUCUUGUCUGAGAAAACUGGAGAUUGAUUUCUGGCCCUGGUUGGACAGAAUCCCUCCGCUGGCGCUACACGGCCUCAACCUCACAACCUUGUACAUAACCAACACAAACCUGUCUGCCUUCCCUGGAGCAGCGUUACGCAACCUUCCCUACCUCACCCAUCUCAAUUUGUCUUACUGCCGCAUCCAGCACAUCCAUCACGGUGAGCUAGGCCAGCUCCCGCAUCUCAUAGAGCUGCAUCUCCAAGGGGCUCAGCUGGCGUCUAUAGAGCCCUUCGCCUUCGCCGGCCUCAAGUCUUUGCAACUGCUGGAUGUGUCACAGAACCAGCUGGACUCUCUGGAGCGAGGAGUUUUUGGUUCUCCAGAAAGUCUCCAGAGGCUGUGCCUGGGCGGAAAUCCGCUAGUGUGCGAUUGCAGGUUGGUUUGGUUGCUGAACAGCCACAAGCCUUCAUCGCUGCAGAUCUUGGAUAUACAGCCCGAGUGCCGCGCUCCCGAGCACCUCCAGGGAAAAACCCUGCGGGAACUGCGGGAGCCUCUGGUCUCAAGGUACAUGACCUGCACCAAGCCAAGGAUCGGACCCAAUACCACUCAGCUUCUGAUGGCCGACGAGGGACAGCCGGCGCGUUUGAGCUGCAUGGCCGAGGGAGCGCCGCGGCCGACCGUGGUCUGGAUUACGCCGCACAGACGGUACGUCACGACCAAGAGCAGCGGCAGGGUGGAAGUCCAACCGGAUGGCACCCUGGAGAUCAAAGCGGCGGAGCUGCACGACAGCGGCGUGUACCUGUGCAUUGCCAGCAACCCUGCUGGUAACGCCAGUCUGUCGGCCUCUUUGGCGGUGAAGGGCCAGGGAACCGGGGACAGGUUUCACUAUAGCAACCGCAGCUCAAACUAUUUGACAGACUCUAACAGCAGCUGGGGGAACGGGACAGUUUUGUACAACAUGACAGUCCCUAUUGACCUAAAGACCAUAAUCAUAUCCACAGCAAUGGGCUGCCUGUCCUUCUUAGGCGUAGUCGUCUUUUGCUUUCUGCUUCUUUUCGCCUGGAGCCGGGGGAAGGGACGUCACAAGAACAACUUUGAUAUCGAGUACGUCCCACGGAAAUCCAACGGGGCUGCGACCGAAGUGGCAGAAAGCAGUGGUCCCCGCAGGGUCAACAUGAAGAUGAUCUGAACCACCACACAGAAGACACACAUAUCAAGUGAAAUUUUUAAGACGCAGUGGAUUCGUGACAAAUAAUGUUCUCCUAUAGUGGGUGUCAGUCUGAAGGUGAUUUCGUGGUGAAGUGGACCUGUGACAAUACAAGUGAUAUAUGAACCCGUGGAUGUGUUUAUAUGACAUCAUGUUCUUUGACAGUACGUUCAGUAUAACCCUAUAACCGACAUAUCAAACGGGAGCGAUGUCGUGCUGCACUUGUUCAUCGGUGGAAACGUGAUGACAAAUCGGCGCUGCGCUACGUCAACACCGAACACCCAUCCUUGCUGCAGUAUGAAAGGAGCGUGAGAAUCUGUGUGCGCAUGUUGCAUUUGUGUUUCUUUGUGCAUGUGCACGCAUUUGCCUUUUUUAGUGGAUGAAAAUAGUUAAAAAAAAAAAAAAAAGGAACGGAAGGUACCAGAUGUUUCAAAGUGCUUCACGUUCACCCGAGGAAAUAAAUCUGUUUUUCAGAUGGAACAACUGCUGAGAACACCAAUACAAAUUGUGAUUCGCACAGAAAGUUCCUUUUUUUUAGUGGUCUGAUGAGGCUUCAUGAAACACUGUCCCAAUUCUCAGAGCUCAGCAGGGGGCACCCUACGUUUGAAAAAGAUGGUUGUUCAGAACCACAUAUCUUGGAGAAGAUAGCGCCACCUAGCGGGCACUGAAAAUGAGGACACUGUUUCAUGAAGCUUCAUCAGCCCAUCACUGUUUUUUUCAUAAUGUGUAUAAAGGUUUUCCAACUGCUGCUGUAAACCUAGCUAAUAUUGGUCAGGAUAUGUUUUCAUGAAUAUUUAAGAAUAAAUGUUAUGUUCAUUUAGAGCUAAAAAAAAAAAAUAUGAAUAUAUAUAUAUAUAUUUUAAUAUGCUUUGUUUUAUUAUUAAGAAAAACGUUUUAGUACACAUUUUUUUAUUUAAAUUACAUUUAUUAAAAUUAUUCGUAGUAGUUUUUGGGGUGGCAAAAAAAGAAUUGUAAAACAGAAUAAACUGUUAAAAAAAGAACAGUAUUUUUGUUAGAAGCAUCAAAUGUUUUAUCCACCCAGCCUUGUUUUCAACAUUAAUUAAGGAUGAAGCAUCCACAUCAUAUUUAGACAGAGGAAGAUUAAAUUUGAUUAAAUUGUCCAUUGAAGAGACGACAUUUGUUUAUUAUUAUAAGACAAAAAGAAAAUCUUUCCAAAUUUAAUCCAUCACAUUUCAGCAGACCUUCAGAGAACUUGUCUAAUUUCCUUAAAAAAUAAACUCAUAAAAAUGCUUCAUUCAGCCAGACAACAUUAAAAAUGUCCAUUUCUGUGAACUAAAUUUAACAGUUUAUUGAUGGAAAAUCUGAUUUUAGAUUUAUUUACUCGGGUGAAUGGAAGACACUGUGGUGGUGCUGUGACACUUGAGUAACAGUUGAUCUUAAAAGUUGAUCUGUUUGUAGGAAAAUCUUAACUUCUGGAGAACUUGUUGAAGCUGGUUCCCUCCUUGAGCGACGUCUAAACUCGCGGGAUCACAAACCAUCUGCCGUGUCCCAGCUUUCCUUUCUUUCCCGCUGCAGCCUCAGUGAUGUUAUCACCCCAAAAAGCUUCCAGCGGCAGAAAUGUUAAACCUGUUUAUGGCAUCAUAAAUCACUGGCAGAUUUUCCGCCACACAAAUCCCUCGAUAUGAUAAAAAAGAAUUGGACGGCGGAGAUUUGCUGGCCAGUUCUCCUGCUGGGAGAAGUUGAGCCCCUCAGAUUUAUCUCCAGAUUUUCCCUGCUUUGUCAUUUUCUUAACUUUCCCGGCGUGUUGGGGGCGGGGCAUCUAAGGGUUCUGUGGGGUGUUUCGUAGGUGGCUGUUGGAGAAGUCGUACCAUUGUACCGUUGAGUUACUGCAGGUGACAAGUUUUAAAUGUUGGAAAAAAUUUAAAAAAAGGGCAAUCUUUGUAAUGCAGGGAACCGUGGCUGUUGAUUUUUGUGUGACCUGUUGUGAUACAAUAUUUAAAAGGUUGUUUAAUUGUUUUCAUAUGACAAAUUUAUGGGUAUAUUUUCAAAUGGAAUAAAUAUGAAUCAUACCCCGACACUGGUAUCAUGGUGCUUCAUGUUGUGAGCGACACGUGCGGCUUUAAAAAGGUGGCGUUCACACCUCGACUGGAACAUUCGUUCAGCUAAAAAGACAUGACAUGCAGGUGAGGAGGAGAAGAACCGCUGCUCAGCUGAGGUGGACUGCGCUCCUGGAUGCGGAGUGAGGGGUUCAAAUAGGCCCCAUUGUUUUAACCAAAUGUAUUUCUUCCUAUUGGCACGUUUUCAUGAACCAAAAACAUGGAUACAUUUAUUUCCUGACUGAAGACGGAGUUGGCGUCAUUUUUUUAUGUUGAAGUUUUCGUUUGUU